CUUCCGCUUUUACAUUAAGCCGCCCGUACAUAGCGGGGAGCACAAGUCUGAGAAUCUCAUUUGGGGGCAGAGAAGCAGGAGAAUAAGGAGAGAAGAGCAGAGGAGACAUAAAUGAGAUACAUAAAUAGAAUGUAAUGCAAGAGGAGAGAAGAGCAUCAUGUCAGGAGAGAGAGGAGAAACAAUGAGAGAAAGAGAAGAAUCCUUCCAUGGAACAGGAUAAAGAAGGAUUUAAUGAUGCAUUCAGCUCAGCAAUUUGUGAUCUAGAUCGAAUCUGCCCUUUGAUCACCUUCCAUCAAUAAACAUCAGGAUGCGGCACAUACAGCCUCAGAUUUGCCAACAUGGAUUUGUGGUUCUGUUCUUUCUCUUGUCCUUGUCUGGGAAGGGUGCUGACUGUCAAAUCUGGGAACAAUGGAAUAGUGGUUACACUAUAAAAAUUCAGCAGUCAGUGGCAGUACAAUUGUGUGCCGGGGUGCACAUUCCCUGUACAUUUACUGUUCCUGCCAGUAGACCUUUAUCUACACGUGUCACAGGGAUUUGGAGGAAAACAGGCACUCGUGACAUUGUUGCAGCCUCUACAGAGGCCUCUAUGGUUUCUGAGGGAACAAAAGACCGAUUCACCCUGACUGGGAAAGUACAGGAAGGAGACUGCUCAUUCUCUAUCAGCGAUGCCCAACCACCCGAUCAAGGAGAAUAUGAAUUCCGAAUUGAGGAUGUUUUCCAUAAAUAUUCCUAUAGUUGGAACAGGCUCAGUUUGAGUGUGACAGUUACAGGUCUACCAGAACCUACUAUAUCCCGUGGGGGGGAGCCGAUGGUUGGGGAUCCAUUAACACUGAUUUGUCCAGAACCUCAAGAGCACAAGGGAAUCAUCACAUUGGGAGGAAGGAUAAACAUAGAGAACAUAUAUAACUAUGAGCGGGAGGAUCAGGCUGAUCCUCCAGCAAUGACAAUAACAGUUUCAGGACACAAUGGAACUUAUGAAAACAAAUCAGUGGCUGUGAUAGAGGGAGACACAAAGCUUCUCCGAUGUGAAGUAAACAGCAACCCAGUGGCUGAAAUUUCCUGGAGUAGAGGAGAUGAGAUUUUUAUUAGAACUUCUCAAAAGCGUCUGAUUCUUGCACUGGAGAAUGUAUCAGUUGCUGAUGGUGUAACCUACACGUGCUUAGCAAGGAAUACUCACGGGUCCGUCUCUGGGACUGUUAGUGUCACUGUAGUACCUCUCACACAUGAGAACAAGACCAACCACCUUAUAAUAUUAAUGAUACGGGGACUUUCCAUCUUAGCCCUCUCUGGUAUUAUAGCAGUGUCAGCAGUUUUGGUGAUGAGAUGCAGGAAAAAGAGAAGGCCACCACAACAGAAUAAAGGAAAUCGAAGAUCAUCACCAGAAAAUGAUCAAGUGGUUUACUGUAAUACAGAAUAAGAAGGGAAAUUGAUCCGAGUCAUUAUGGUUCUUGCUUUCUUUUUAUCUUGCUAUAAAGCCAAUCAUCUCAUUAUACCAGUGGGACCUAUCAGCUUGCAGGCCAGUUGUAUCACUAGAUUCAUGUACAGGAAUCAGAAAAUCUACUUUGGAAAUGCGGUAUUAUUGCCACUUCAGUCGACUGAAAUUGGCACAUUAGAUAGUUGGCCAUAAAAUAUUUAUCGAUAAAUAGGUAAAUGGACUGUCAACUACAUUUUGUUAUUUUGCAGUAGACUUUUCCCUGAUGUUAUUGCUGAUUCUUUAUUGAGCACCUACUCUUUAUAUUAUUGAAAUGAGUUGGAACAAUGUAAAUUGUUGCUAAUUAUAUCUAAUAAAGAUACAUUUCUUUGAGGUUUCA